AUGAUUUACAUGCAUUCCCCCAUACUACCAGAGGAGGAAUCUGAGGAUGGGGAGUGGCCUGAGACUCCUCCACUACCAUCAACGCCUGUAGAAGAGGUAGACCUCCAAGGCCUCCAGGAGGGCGAGGGCCAAACAUGGUCUCCAGGACCCCCCAGCACUCCCGCUACUACCACCACCCGACCACCCACCCACCCACUUCAUGAUGCUGGCACAUCUGUACCGUCAAUAAUCCCGCCACAGCCAGAAUCUGGCAAUCCACCUCCUCCCGAACUCCGAAGACUAAUGUCAGUGGCAAACACCCUGUUUGCCUACAUUUAUCGUUCUUUGUAAAAAAUAUUUAUUAUUACUGUACAGUAUUUGUUGUUGUUCAUUUAGUGUAUUACAGUACAUCU